AUGUUCCAGAUUAUUUCUGACCUGCACCUGGAAUCUCCUGCUGCAUAUGACGUCUUCGAAGUCAACCCCAAGGCACCAUAUUUAGCCCUACUCGGCGACAUUGGCUAUGUCAAAGACGAAGGCUUGUUCCACUUCCUGCGUAGGCAGCUGGAAGUGUUCCGCAUCGUUUUUUUGGUGAUGGGUAAUCACGAAGCGUAUCACAGCAGCUGGUCUGAGACAAAAUCCGCCGUCAACAAGUUCAAAACGAGAAUUGACGACACUCGAGGAUCCAGCGAGACGCUCGGUAAACUUGUCAUUCUCGAUCAAACGCGCUACGACAUUUCACCUGGGAUCACCGUCCUCGGAUGUACUUUGUUCUCGCGGGUGGCCCAAGCACAAAAAGAAAGCGUUAAUUUCGGUCUGAAUGACUUCUAUUACAUUGAUGAUUGGACCAUCGAAGCCCAUCAAGAUGCGCACCAUGCCGAUCUAGUGUGGCUGAACCAAGAAAUUGAACAUAUUUCGCGCUCGGAGCCUGAUCGUAAGGUUGUCGUGUUUACUCAUUUCUGCCCAUCAACCCACGCUAUGGUUGUCGAUCCCAGACAUAGGAACAGCAAAAUCUCCUCAGCUUUCAUGACCGACCUAUCAAGCGAGCCUUGUUGGGAAAAUGGGGUUGUCAAACUUUGGGCUUUUGGCCACACGCAUUUCAAUUGUGACUUCCAAGACUUGAAAACUGGGAAAACAGUGACCUCAAACCAAAGAGGUUAUUACUUCACUCAGUCUGAAGGAUUUGAUUGUGAGAAGACGGUUGAAAUCUAG